CGAUAGCAGGGCCACGCACCGGCGUCAAAGCGUAGAAAGUGCUGCCUUACGGAUGUCGAACAGGUGUCCCCACUUCGCUAGCCUAACCUCGACGUUGCUGCUCAGUAGCUCUGCAGUGUCUGAUGUACACGUAUGUGCGACGCACGGGAUGCGCACCUGGAGGCGUUCUCGUUACUAGGUCAUAAGAGAUCGCGAAACGCGCAGCCAGCGUAGUCAUGUAACUCGUUGGACCAGCAGAGCAGACUGACCGGCUGACCUCCCUUCAGAUUCGGUGUAGCGAACGGUCGUUGAUCAAGAGAGCCAUACAGAGAGCAGCUCGUCGCGCCACCAACCACGAAGAUCGGGUGAUGAGCUCAGGGUACCAGGUGACCGGCCCCGUGACAAUAUGUUCCGCUCCAGGAUUCGCAUUCACACGUGUCAAGUGAUACUGCUCACGUCGCUGGUAUGGUUCUUGGUGGACGUGAUGGUGCUGAUGCUCUAUUCGGACUGUAUCGGAGGGUCCGGAUGGGGUUGCGCAGAGAACAACAAGCUGCAACAGCAACAGAUGCUCACGGAGGAAAAUUUGUCCCAUUCGAACACCGCUGCGCUAAAAGACGAACAAUUUCAGUCGGGUGAUUUGCAGAGCAAGAGACGAUACAAGCAAUCGGAGCUGCAUUUAUGGAGACCGGCUAAGGUCGUUCGCGAGAACAAGGGAAUGCCCGGCGAGAUGGGCGCAGCGGUGCACAUCUCGCCAGAGGAUGAAGCUAGGCAGCAGGAGCUCUUCAAGCUGAAUCAGUUCAAUCUAGGUUGUAAGACGAAGAAGUACAACAAAUACUUGCCUGACACUAGUAUAGUGAUCGUGUUCCACAAGGAGGCGUGGAGUACGCUGCUGAGGACCGUUUGGUCGGUGAUCAAUCGGUCCCCGAGGACACUGCUCAAGGAGAUCAUUCUGGUAGACGAUAAGAGCGAGCAAGAUCACUUGAAACAAGAACUGGAGGAUUAUGUAAAAACUCUGCCAGUCCCUACGUAUGUGUACCGUACGGAGAAGAGAUCUGGCCUAAUCAGAGCGAGACUGCUCGGUGCAAAGCACGUGAAGGGACAAGUUAUAACAUUCCUGGAUGCCCAUUGCGAAUGCACACAAGGUUGGCUCGAACCUUUGCUCUCGAGAAUUGCUGAUGACAGAACCACCGUCGUUUGCCCCAUUAUUGAUGUAAUUAGCGACGAUACCUUCGAGUAUAUUCCAGCUAGCGACAUGACGUGGGGUGGUUUCAAUUGGAAAUUGAACUUUAGAUGGUACAGAGUGGCGCAAAGAGAAAUGGAUAGAAGAUUGGGAGACAGAACGGCUCCAUUGAGAACGCCAACAAUGGCUGGUGGGUUAUUUUCUAUUGAUAAGGAGUAUUUUUAUGAACUGGGAGCGUACGAUGAUGGCAUGGUUAUUUGGGGCGGUGAAAACCUCGAAAUGAGCUUCCGGGUAUGGCAAUGCGGUGGGACGUUAGAGAUCAGCCCAUGUUCACACGUUGGACAUGUGUUCCGAGACAAGAGUCCGUAUACAUUCCCUGGUGGUGUCAGCAAAGUAGUUCUAAACAAUGCGGCUAGGGUGGCCGAAGUCUGGAUGGAUGAGUGGAGAGAUUUUUACUAUGCCAUGAAUCCAGGAGCGCGAAAUGUAGCUGUUGGAGAUGUGUCUGAAAGGAUUAAGUUAAGAGAACGUCUCAAGUGUAAAAGCUUUAGAUGGUACUUGGAGAACAUUUAUCCUGAAUCUCCAAUGCCACUAGAUUAUCACUAUCUGGGUGAUGUACAAAAUGUUGAUACACAAACUUGUUUGGACACUAUGGGUAGGAGAACUGGCGAAAAUGUUGGAAUUAGUUAUUGCCAUGGAUUAGGUGGCAAUCAGGUGUUUGCUUAUACUAAACGACAGCAAAUUAUGUCGGAUGAUAUGUGCCUUGAUGCAGCUAGUCCCCAAGGUCCUGUCAAAAUAGUAAGAUGUCACGGUAUGGGUGGAAAUCAAGCAUGGGUUUAUAACGAAGAGACAAAAAUGAUCAAACAUACUAACACAGGACACUGUUUGUCGAAACCUCGCCCCAACGACGCAAUGCAACCUGUCUUAGCACCGUGUGAUUCACAUAACAUCGGUCAGAAAUGGAUAAUGCGUAGUAAAUUCAAAUGGCAAGCCAGCUAAUACGAGGUGUUUCUAAGUGCAACAUCUGCAUGUAAUACUUGUUGAUCUAUUUAAUGCUACACUGAAGGACUGAUGUAGUCAAGAAACUUUCAUACAUGCAAAAUCAAGGAGGAAAAUAGUAUUAAAUGUUCCGUGAAAACUAGCCCAGUAUCACGUUCUGUCGAUCCAUUGAAUACCGACAAACUUGAUGGUGAUCAUGAAACUGAAAUUGACUACACCUUGAGUACAGGAGAUUGAAGUUAAUGCUUUUAGUUACAUAGGAUUUAUUUACUGUUACUAGCAGUAUAUCGUGUAUUUACUGCCAUUUUUCAUGGUAUGCCUUGAUUGAUAAUGCACAAGAGUGUUGAAAGAAAAGAAAACUAUUUCCAGCUGUGUGUGGAUGUACACAAGUGAUACGAAGAGACACGUAUGUGAACAUUUCUUUUUCUAGUAAACAGUAGAGAGGAAAGCAUAUCAGACCACUGUUAUAAAUAAAUAAUUGUUAAUACAAGAGAAGAGAGACAUAUUUGAUAAUAUGGGAUGAGUGCAAUGCUGGAUGACUGGAAGAUAUAUCAGUGCGCUAAAACACAGAUAUGUUUUAUGGCAUAAAUGAUCACACUACUACAGAAUGAAUGUUGGGGGUGCAAGUGGAAUUAUUGUGACACUACCGAUUACGAUUUAGAACUUGUACUGUACAAUUUUCUAGCAAUUAGGGAA